AUGUUUCUUUUAUUGUGUUUAUUUGUUCACUAUGUCAUUGCUGAAGAGGCUGGGAUCGCGAAUUUCUAUCAAGGAUUUCUGCGAUCACCGGAGAACUUGACAAAGCCAGAUUAUUCGUAUUUCGAUGAGGACGAGGAGCGGCUACUUGAACACCUUUUUCAAGGUUACAAUCACUUGAUCCGUCCCGUUCCCUCCGAGUUCUCUCCACCAAUCUAUGUCGACUUUGGAGUGGCGAUGAUUCUUUUGAUCAGUGUGGAUGAGAAAAAUCAAAUCCUCCAAACGAACGUCUGGUUGACGAUGAAGUGGAACGAUUUUCAGCUGCGUUGGAAUCCAGCCGAUUUCGGGAAUCUCUCCGAAUUGCACGUUCCAUCAGAAAAAGUUUGGCUUCCCGAGAUCGUUCUCUUCAACAAUGCUGAUGGGACGUAUGAGGUGUCAUUUAAAUCAAAUGUUUUCAUCGAGCACACUGGUGAUGUCACUUGGGUUCCACCGGCCAGAUAUCUCUCAAGUUGUGCGAUUGAUGUUGAGUGGUUUCCCUUUGAUGAGCAACACUGUGAUAUGAUCUUUGGCUCAUGGACUUACAAUAAGCAUGAGGUGCAGCUCCGUUUUUACAACAACGUUACGGCUGUUCAAUUGAAUGAUUACUCGAAAUCAGCAAUUUGGGAUGUGAUUGAUGUGCCUGGUGCAAUUGUAAACAACGGGACAACGAGUCGAAUCGUUUUUAAUAUUCACAUCAGAAGAAAAGCUCUCUUCUACACAGUGAUUCUAAUCAUUCCCACUGUUCUAAUGGCAUUCCUUUCAAUGAUGGCUUUCUAUCUACCAGCUGAUUCGGCUGAGAAGAUCUCACUCACCAUCAACAUCCAGCUGGCUUUGGUUGUGUUCUUGGUGCUUGUUUCGAAAAUCCUUCCACCAACGUCGAAUAUCCCACUGAUGGGCAAAUAUCUCCUAAUGGCUUUUAUUUUAAACAUCACCACCGUUAUUGUAACGGUUAUCAUUGUUAACAUCUACUUUCGCUCGCCGCUUUCCCAUAAGAUGUCUCCAUGGGUGAGGAAGGUUUUCCUCGAAUUUCUCCCUCCACUUUUGAUGAUGAAACGCCCGGAGCGAAUCCCGAUUUUCAACGGCUAUUUCGUCGAAGAGUACUCGGCUUCGGAAAUCUUUGACGCCAGUCUUGUCAUGCCAUCAGUAACCGCAACAAUUGUACCAUUCAUAAAUAUGCCAGGCGUCACUCAAAAAGACGAUGAGAUGAAUCAUCAUCGAAAUUGCUCCAAACGACAAUCGAUGAAGAAAGGUGGAAAAGAUUCGAAUGGGAAACCGUUGAAAAUGGAUCCGCUAAAUCCAGAAUCAAUGGCGGAAAGGAUGAGUAGAGAAUUGAAAAGGACGGUGGAAUCAAUCGCAUACAUUGCUGAGCACAUGAAAGCUGAUAUGGCCAAUAAAAAGAUCCGAGACGACUGGAAAUACGUUGCAAUGGUGAUCGAUCGUUUGCUUUUGUUGGUGUUUUUUGGGGUGACAUUGGGUGGAACGAUUGAGAUCAUUCUCCGCGCGCCACAUGUAUUUGAAUGGAUUGAUCAAGAUCAAAUUAUCAAAGAGCUGACAGCAAAACCUGUGAAGAAUCAAAGUGAUAUCAUUCAAGUUCGCUUCUCAUUGGCGCUCAUUCUGUUGAUCAAUGUUGAUGAAAAGAAUCAAGUGAUGCAGACGAAUGUUUGGCCGACAAUGCGUUGGCUUGACUAUCAAUUGCGUUGGGAUCCACGAGAUUAUGACAAUAUUGGAACGAUUCGUGUACCACCACAAAAAGUCUGGUUGCCUGACAUUGUCCUCUUCAACAACGCUGAUGGGAAUUAUUUGGUCUCUUUCCUCUCAAAUGUCGUCAUUGAGCACACUGGGGAAAUCCUUUGGGUUCCCCCAGCAGUUUUCUUCAGCAGUUGCACAAUUGAUGUUGAGUAUUUCCCAUUUGAUGAACAAGUUUGCACGAUGGUUUUCGGCUCAUGGACUUUCGGUAAAGAUGAGGUGCAAAUCGACUAUUUGAUGGGAAAAAAGCAGGUCGAUUUGAAUGACUACUCGAAAAGUGGAAUCUGGGAUCUCAUUGAUGUGCCUGGUUUUUUGCAAAACGAGCGCAGUCGGAUCGCUUUCCAGAUUAAAAUCAGAAGAAAAACCCUUUUCUAUACAGUGAUCCUAAUCAUGCCAACAGUUUUAAUGGCAUUCCUCUCAAUGAUGGUAUUUUAUUUGCCAGCCGAAGCGAGUGAGAAGAUCACUCUUGCGAUCAGCAUUCUGCUAGCACUCGUCGUCUUUCUUCUUCUCAUCUCAAAAAUUCUUCCCCCAACAUCAGACUCGGUUCCACUAAUGGGAAAAUAUCUUCUAAUCACAUUCACCAUGAAUGUCAUUGCUAUUAUGGUAACAGUGGUGAUCAUCAAUGUUUACUUCCGUGGUCCAGCCACUCACACAAUGGCUCCGUGGAUCAGGAAACUAUUUAUAAAUCAUUUACCUCUAAUUUUGAUGAUGAAACGUCCAUGGACGACUGAGGAUGAAUUGGAGAGGUUGAGGCAACAAAAGACUGAGAUGAGAUCAAAAAAUCGUCUUCGUUCUCAAAUCGAGCAAGUGGCCCGGGCAUCGAAUGGAGACGUUGGGAUGCCGGUGAUUCAAACAGAUCCCAUCUCAGACGAGCAUCGAUCGUCAAUUGGACAACCGUACGCUGAUGGUCUCGGGAGUGAGGCGAUUAAAGCAAUUGAUGCAAUUGAGUACAUCACAGAGCAUUUGAGAACGAAUAAUGAUCAGAAAAGGAUGAAAGAGGAAUGGCGCUUUGUGGCGACGGUGCUCGAUCGCUUGCUCUUGUACAUCUUUUUUGCCGUCACUGUCGGCGGCACCGUUGGGAUCAUUUGCUCAGCGCCGAAUGUCUUCGAAUUUAUCAAUCAAACGCAAAUCAUUGAAGAACUUCAAAUGAAAGCGAACAAAGAAAUUCUCGACUACACGACGAAACUUAACAAAAAU